AUGGCCAAGAGGAAAAAGAAAUCGUCAAAUCCAUCAUCAUUGAAAAGAGGUCCUCAACGACCUCAAGCUAAAUCACCAACCCCCUCAUCUGAAACCGUGAACUCCGAAGAUAGCUGGCCAAGUACUCCAUCAUCAUCAUCACGCUCUCCAACACCCGAUCUACCAGAAGACAAAUCAACAAACAACUCCGCUCCAUCCACCCGUAUUCCACCCAUUAUCAUAAAUGCUUCUGAUUGGCGCAAAGCUGCCCCAUCAAUCUUAAAAGCUACUAACCACGUUCCUCAAGCCAAGAUCACUGCCGAUGGUUCCGUCAGAGUUCAAGUCUCUUCCACCGACCUUUUCCGUCUUAUUCAAAAAACUCUUCGUGACCUGUCCAUAACUUUCCAUACAUUUACCCUACCCGAAAGAUCGAACACUGAAGGUUGUUAUUAA